GGGCUGAAUGAAGAGAACAGCGAAGGAGAACUGGGGAAAGUAAACAGCGCUUCUGAUAGUCAAAUAGGCCUAAUUUUAACCAAAUGGUUUUGUUCUGAAGUCUGCGGAGGAUUUCUGAUGUAAGGACGGGCUCUGCAUGAGGUGUGUUCUGGGUGUCUCUCGGUUCUCCUCCGGUGCCCAUCAUGGGCCAGCAGCUGACGGGCCAGGCGGUGGGCCGGCUCCCGGAGAAGCUGUGCAAGCACGCGGGCCUGGUGCGCGAGAGCGGAUACCUCACCUACGAGGAGUUCCUGGGACGCGUGGCCGAGCUCAACGAAGUCACUGCCAAGUUGGCGGCGGGCCAGCAGAAGCAUCUCCUGUUUGAGGUGCAGCCAGGCUCGGACUCCUCAGCCCUGUGGAAGGUCGCCGUCAGGAUUGUCUGCACCAAGAUCAAUAAAGAGGAUGGCGUGGUGGAGGCGUCGCGCAUCAUGAACCUGUACCAGUUCAUCCAGCUGUACAAGGACGUCACUAGCCAGGCGGCCGAGGUCUUCUCUGGGGAGGCGGCCGCCUCGGGACAGCUCUCCUCCGUCGAGUCCUGCCAGGCCAGCAUGUGGAUGGGCAGGGUGAAGCAGCUGACUGACGAGGAGGAGUGUUGCAUCUGCAUGGACGGCAAGGCCGACCUCAUCCUGCCCUGUGCUCACAGCUUCUGCCAGAAGUGCAUCGACAAAUGGAGCGGUCAGAACAGGAACUGCCCCAUCUGCCGUAUCCAGGUGACCGCUGCCAAUGAAUCCUGGGUAAUGUCUGACGCUCCAACAGAGGAGGACAUCGCUGGCUACAUCCUGAAUCUGGCUGACGAGGCAGGACAUCCUCACCGGCCUUAACUAACAACAACAACAACAACAACAACAACAACAACAACAAACCAGGGGUCCGUUUCUCGAUUCUUGUCGUUGCUAACCGUCUUAAGACCGUCUUAAGACCGUCUUACCGUUCCCUUGGAUUUAGUGGUGAGCGUCACUGUCGAGAGAGAGUUGAGUCGCUCUUACGAAGGACUUUGCUAACGACGAUAGCAAAGACGCUUUCGAGAAACGGACCCCAGUAACGACAACGAUAACAACCAGGAUAAACAACAACAACAACAACAACAACAACAACAACAACCACCACCAUCAACCAACAACAACAACUGUCUCAUCUCCCAAACCCUACCGUACACUCACAUGGAGAAGUGUGACGAUGACUGAUUUAUUUUUUCUUUCUCUGGGGUUUUUAAUUUAGUUUCAUCUGUUACCAAUUACUUUGGGAAAGGCAUUAACCACUGGAUGUUAUCAAGUAUGGACUUCUUCUUCUUCGUCUUUUUUAAAUUUGUGUAGAAUUAUAGAAAUAAGUGUCACUGUCUACUGUCAGAAAAUAACAGCUUGCAUACUUUUAACGUUGAGCUUAUGUGAACACUAACUUUAUUGCACACGCUUUGUACACAGAUUGUUUUCUGUGUGUGAGUGAGACAUUUGAUAUUUGAUAUAGCUCAAUGUUUUAAUGACUGUGACAUGAAAUCGGGCAAGGCGCCUCUUUGCAAACGUUUGGGUAUCUUUGCCCCCUGACUGUUUAUGUUCUUCACUGCUGCCUCUUGUCCUUUCAUUUAUUUUAUUUUCAUUUUUUUUUUUUUGUCUUUUUAGACUUUAUUAUGGACAGGACAGUAUGAGAGGUGGACAGGAAGCAAAUUGGGAGAGAUACAGGGAGGGGUCGGUAAAAAGGACCCGGGCCGGGAAUCGAACCCGGGUCAGCCGCAUGGCAGGCGAGUGCCCUACCGGGUGGCCAAGGCAGGGCCACCUUUUGUCCUUUCAUUUGGGUAGGCAUGCCAACCAAGGAUACGCAUUGCUCCUGGUUUAUUCAGCUAUUAUUGAGCUUGUUGUGUUAAGGGAUUUUAUUUUUUUCUGCGUGGGAAUCUUAUCUAUUAGUAAGGCCUUUUCAAUUCUUUAAGCUAAGUCCUUCAUCGUUACAGCCUACACCUGGACUGUUGGGCUUUUUUGGCUUGGUUUUCUUAGCAUUGCUCUUUGGUUUCUCAACAAGUAUUGUUAAAGGCUUGGUUUGAACAAUGCUGGUACUGAAGUCUUGUUAAAAAAAAAAAAAAAAAAAAACCAUCAGGCUGGCAAGGGACUGGUCUAAAUGGUGCGUUCUACACCUGAAACAGUCACCGUGUUACACCAUAACAGCCUGUCUGGUGCAGUGACGUUCCAAAACAUCACCAUUUCCAACAAGCCCACUGUUUAAGCUCUCUGGCUUUACUUCUUAGCUUGCACACCUUAUUAUGUCCAUUUCAACUUGAAUCCACACUGUAAUUAAAUGGAAGGGGGGCUUUGUUGUAAGCUAUUUUUAUGAACUUGUAUGUGUGUUUGUCUUGAUAUAUUUUAUGUUGCUGUAGAACAAAUUAUUUUAUUUUUCAGGAUUUAAAACCUAGCUUGUUAUAAUUUUUUGGGGCUGGGGAUCUUAUCUUAUAUGAUGACUUGUUAUAUGUUGAUGUUGUCUUCAAGCUGGAGAGUGAAUUUGCUCUUCAGAAGCUUCCUGGGCCAAGUCUUUUCUUCCUGUGAAGUUAAUUUGCACAAUUAAAUAAGCAUAAUUAAUUUCUCAAACUUUUCGGUCACAGAUGAUGAGAGUGCAUAUUAAGCAAGCUGUUGAAGUGACAAAGGCUGUUGAAUUUGGGGUUUUCAGAGAUUGAGAGAGACAAGAAGAUUGUUGCCGGCUGAGACUGACAUAUAAUUGACUGAUUUGGAUAAAGCACUUUCCCCUCAUGUGUGUGUGUGUGUGUGUGUGUGUGUGUGUGCUGCACAGCUGGCUUAUGUCCAGUAGGUGGCACUGUGUAACACAAAUAAAGUACCAUACUUUUUACAACCAG